GUAUCUGCUUGCUUUCGAAGCAGAUCUCUGUGAAGUUGCAAGAGCACUGACUCCAGAGUUCAUUAUGUUGCCAAAUCUUAGCCUGUCGACUUUGGCAACUUUGGCCCUCGGGGCCACCGCUGUCCUCGCCUGGAACGUGCAACAGCGUCAGCCGAACAUUGUCUUCAUCUUGACUGAUGACCAAGACGAGCAACUCGGCUCCCUUGACUACAUGCCCUAUGUCCAGAAGCAUUUCGUUCAGCAGGGAACUUACUACCGCAAACACUUUUGCACGAUUGCAAUUUGCUGUCCGUCUCGUGUCAGCUUGCUGACGGGUCAGGCGGCGCACAACACCAACGUCACAUAUGUCACUCCCCCUCACGGCGGCUACCCGAAGUUCGUCUCCCAGGGAUACAACGACAAGUAUCUCCCCGUCUGGCUUCAGGAUGCUGGCUACAACACGUACUACACCGGCAAGCUCUUCAACUCUCACUCCACUGAGAAUUGGAA